AUGGAAAAAGAGGGGCAUUUGGCAAAAGCAACCCAGCCCACAGAUUGGGUUAAUUCUAUGGUUGUCGCAUUGAAAGGACAGAAGAUCCGCAUCUGCAUCGACCCAUCUGACCUGAACAAAGCGAUAAAGCGAGAACACUACCCUAGUAAAACAGUGGAAGAAAUUACCACGAAAAUCUCCGGAGCCAAAGUGUUCUCAGUAUUGGAUGCCAAGAGUGGAUAUCUUCAAAUGAAGAUAGACUAUGAAUACAGUCUCCUUACAACGAUGAACACACCGUUAGGUCGAUACCAUUGGCUAAAGCUACCCUUUGGCAUCAAAUCCGCACCAGAGAUGUAUCAGAGAGCAAUGGAUGACAUGUUAGAGGGGAUAGAAUAUGCAUAUGCCAUUAUGGAUGAUAUUCUGAUAGCUGCCCGUGACGUAGCGCAUCAUGAUGCUGUCUUACGACAAGUCCUUGAUCGUGCUCAGAGCUACAACUUGAAGUUAAACUUCGACAAGGUGAAGAUCAGGAAAGAGGAAGUGCCGUACGUGGGACAUCUCAUAUCAGCACAUGGGCUCAAACCGGAUCCCACGAAAGUCGAAGUGAUGAAAAACAUGCCAGCACCCGAGAACAAAGAUGAUGUCCGCUGUUUUCUGGGAUCAGUUCAAUACCUAGCCAAGUUCUUACCACGCUUGGCUGAGGUAGAAGAGCCGCUACGGCACCUAACAAAGAAAGAUACAGUCUUCCAUUGGGACAAAGCGGCAUCUGACAUAUUUACGUUCAAGAGCAAAAACUAUGUACUGUCAGUAGAUUACUACUCCAAGUACAUUGAA